AUGUCUGAAAUUCAGGAACGCUACAUCUCUGCAGGCCAGGCGCACAUUUUUGCGUCAUUUGGGGAUCUAAAUGAUGCUGAACGCAAGCGCCUUUUGUCCCAAUUGGAACAGAUCCCUGACCCAACAAAAUAUCUCCAAGAAGUUCAGGACGCGAUUAGGUAUAGCACGUCUGUUUCAAAGUCUAAGCGGUUUUCCCCUUUACCGAUACAAGCGUGUGCCUCAACACUAGACACCCCCCCUGAGACUCUAAAGGAGUGGGAUGAUGUGGGAUUGGACCUUAUCGCUAAGGGAAAAGUAGGAGUUAUCCUGAUGGCUGGUGGACAAGGGAGUCGUCUUGGAUCGGCGGCUCCAAAAGGCUGUUACAAUGUUGGCCUUCCAUCUCAAAAGUCAUUAUUCCAACUUCAGGCCGAGAGGUUGAAGAAAGUGCAACAACUAGCCAACGCCAAAAAAUUGAUUCCCCUUUAUAUCAUGACCUCCGGACCUACUAGAGCAGCUACCGAGGAGUUUUUUAUCAAAAAUAAAUAUUUUGGCCUGGAAUCCUCUCAAGUCGUCUUUUUUGAUCAAGGAACACUUCCUGCAGUUUCUUUGGAUGGAACCAAACUGUUAUUGGAAUCCAAAAGUUUUUUGGUUGAGAGUCCCGAUGGAAACGGGGGACUUUACAAGGCAAUUUAUGACAACGGGCUGUUGCAAGACUUUGCUGAACGAGGAAUUGAGCAUAUACACAUGUACUGUGUCGACAAUGUUCUAGUCAAAGUUGGAGAUCCACUAUUUAUUGGCUAUGCUUCCACCAACAAAUAUAAUAUUGCUACCAAGGUGGUCCGUAAGAGAAGCGCCGACGAAAGCGUUGGGCUAAUAGUGAUGGAUGAGGAAACCAAACACCCGGCUGUUAUUGAAUACUCAGAAGUUAGCCAGGAGCUAAGGGAACAACGUGACUCACAGGGCCUGCUACUUUUUAGAGCAGCUAAUAUUGUGAACCAUUAUUAUAAUGUCGCCUUUUUGCAGAAAAUGAUUCCAAACUGGAUAUCCGACCGCAAGUAUCUGCCAUAUCACGUUGCCAGAAAGAAAAUCGCAUGCUUUGACGUGGGAUCUGGAGAGAUCGUCAAACCCAGCGAGCCAAACGGAAUUAAAUUGGAGCAAUUUAUUUUUGACGUAUUCUCAAGCGUCGAGAUGGAUAAGUUUGGCUGCUUAGAAGUGGACAGAGCUGAAGAGUUUUCGCCACUGAAAAAUGCUCCAGGGAGUGCUAACGAUGGCCCCGAAACAUGCAAAGCUAAUCUGCUCAUGAGAAGCGCACGCUGGCUGACAAAGGCGAGAGCUAUUCUGCGCGGCUCCGAAAUUGAGGUCAGCCCGCUGACGAGCUACUCUGGGGAGGGAUUAGAAAACUAUUCGGGGAAAACUAUCGAGUCUCCCGCUAUCAUCUGA